CGAAAAAGGGACUGUUUGAGAUUGCGUUCUCAAUGCAAUACUAUUGGCUCUUGGUCAAGCAUGCAAUGCUGGAAAGCGCAAACAAUAAAACGCCAUGCGCCAAACACCUGGGGGGUACCAUGCCAUCAAGUUCGGGGAUCAAACUAAGCCGCCCAAAGUGACAGGAAGCAAGAAACCGAAAUGUAAAACGAUAGUCCGAGAUUGCUCGACUUAUCACCACUUGAAACCACUUUACAGUGACAGAAAACAAACGGUGAAAAGAUGGGAACCGUGACAUGCUGGCAUAACACAACGAAGAGCGUCCCACUGCUAGCAUGCCAGAGCGCUGCAACGAUAUAGAGAAACACAACCGCAUCAUUUCGAUGUCUAUUUGCUACGUCGAU